AUGCUGUUCUUCUCCUUUUUCAAAACGCUUGUGGAUCAAGAAGUGACGGUAGAACUGAAAAAUGAUAUAGAACUGAAGGGAACUUUGAAAUCUGUGGAUCAGUUCCUGAACCUUAAGCUGGACAACAUAUCUUGCUCGAAUGAGAGUAGGUACCCACAUCUUUCGUCGGUGAGAAACAUUUUCAUCAGGGGCUCUACGGUAAGGUACGUUUACCUUGACAAGAACAUGGUGGACAUCAAUCUGCUGCAAGAUGCUGCACGCAGAGAGGCCAUGAGCGCCAAAAAAUGA